GAGGUGGGUGCGCGCGAGGGAGGAGCGGAAUGCGAUCCCCUUCAACGCGAUGGCAGAAGGCGUAGGCGGUAGCGAGCGAAUAGAGAGGGUGUUUCGUGUGGAUAGAGUGGUGUGAACCGCUAAGGCGGUGACCAUUGAGAAGUGAAACAGACGGACAGACGUGACGGAGCGGGUUCUGGUUCGUGUAUGAAGGAACUGAGGGCCAGACCCGCCCUCGCCGUGACAGGUUGAGGAUGGAAAGCCGGAGAGUAAACAAAAGGAUUGGCCAAGCAGAUGGUUGGACGAGCUGCCAAAGGCAGUUAUCUCCAGUUUGAGACCCUGAAUGACUUCAGUCCCAGCAAUGCCUGUUCUUACCCAGGAAGGGCAGCUAGCAUGAAGCGCUGAAGCAGACUCUCAAAUUUCUUUUUGUACUUGAUAGUAUUGACAAACUAAGAGAAACAUGUGUAGGAUAUUUUGUUUUUACAAAAUUGUUCAGCACUGUUGAUCACUCUGUACUGGAAGAUCUCUCCAGGGCCUGCUUCAACCCCAAGCAACAGAGGGUAGUGAAUUUCUGGACAGUCAGAUAGCCACACUGUCUACAUUCUACUGUCAUCAUGUCAGGAAGCUAUACUCCUACUGCUGGUGGACCCUUCUCUGCUCUCACUCCCAGCAUAUGGCCUCAGGAAAUAUUGGCAAGAUACACCCAGAAAGAAGAGUCUGUUGAGCAGCCAGAAUUCCGGUAUGAUGAAUUUGGUUUCCGAGUAGACAAAGAAGAUGGUGCUGAGCCAAACUCCAGCAAGCUCUUGGGGAUCCCUCUGAUUGAAGAGCCACAGCAGAGGCUGAAAUGGCAGGCACAUUUAGAGUUCACCCACAACCAUGAUGUAGGGGACCUCACCUGGGACAAAAUUGAAGUCGUACUUCCACGUUCAGAUAAGCUGCGAUUGUUGGUGUUAGCUGGUAUUCCUCACAGCAUGAGGCCACAGCUGUGGAUGCGACUAUCAGGUGCUCUUCAGAAGAAGAGGAAUUCAGAAAUGUCUUACCGAGAAAUUGUGAAAAACAGUUCAAAUGAUGAAACCAUUGCUGCCAAACAAAUUGAGAAGGAUCUGCUCCGCACUAUGCCCAGCAAUGCCUGCUUCUCCAAUAUGAAUAGCAUUGGUGUGCCACGGCUACGCAGAAUACUACGUGGGCUGGCUUGGUUAUAUCCAGACAUUGGCUACUGUCAAGGCACUGGCAUGGUAGUGGCUUCCUUGCUUCUUUUCUUGGAAGAGGAAGAUGCCUUCUGGAUGAUGUGUGCUAUCAUUGAGGACCUGGUGCCAGCCUCCUACUUUAGCACCACUCUGAUGGGUGUUCAGACUGACCAGCGUGUCCUGCGUCAUCUCAUUGUGCAGUAUCUGCCACAACUGGACAAACUUCUUCAGGAACAUGACAUUGAGUUGUCCCUGAUCACUCUACACUGGUUCCUUACGUCGUUUGCUAGUGUUGUGCAUAUAAAGCUGCUGCUACGCAUCUGGGACCUUUUUUUCUAUCAGGGCUCCAUAGUUCUCUUUCAGGUCACACUGGGCAUGCUCAGCAUGAAGGAAGACGAAUUGAUCCAGUCAGAGAAUUCUGCAUCCAUCUUCAACACACUCUCAGACAUCCCCUCUCAGAUUGAAGAUCCAGAUGUGCUCCUUCAGGAAGCUAUGCGUGUUGCUGGCUCACUGACAGAUGUGGCAGUUGAGACUCAGCGUUGCAAGCACCUUGCUUACCUCAUUGCCGACCAAGGGCAGUUGCUCAGUCCUGGUGCUGCUGUGAACUUAUCAAAGAUUGUGCGACGUAGGACACAACGCAGGAAGUCUGGCAUCAGCUCACUGCUUUUUGGAGAUGAUGACAUGGAGGCACUGAAGGCCAAGAAUAUUAAGCAAACAGAGCUGGUUGCAGACUUGCGUGAGGCCAUCCUGCAAGUGGCACAGCACUUUCAGUGUGUGGAUCCAAAGAGCUGCAGCAUAGACUUGACUCCAGAUUACACCAUGGAAAGCCACCAGCGGGACCAUGAAAGCUACGUAGCUUGUUCCCGAAACCAGCGGCGACGUGCCAAGGCACUGCUGGAUUUUGAGCGUCAUGAUGAUGAUGAACUGGGUUUUCGCAAGAAUGAUAUUAUCACGAUCAUCUCCCAGAAGGAUGAGCACUGUUGGGUUGGUGAGCUGAAUGGCCUCAGAGGUUGGUUUCCUGCAAAAUUUGUGGAGGUCCUGGAUGAACGGAGCAAGGAGUAUUCCAUUGCUGGAGAUGACUCUGUCACUGAAGGUAUCACAGACUUGGUUCGAGGGACACUCUGUCCAGCCCUCAAGGCCAUAUUUGAACAUGGACUGAAACGGCCAACACUUCUGGGUGGAGCUUGUCAUCCCUGGCUCUUCAUUGAAGAGGCUGCUGGACGUGAAGUGGAGCGAGACUUUGACUCUGUCUACUCUCGCCUUGUGCUUUGCAAGACAUACAGGCUGGAUGAAGAUGGGAAAGUGCUAACUCCAGAAGAGCUGCUUUAUCGAGCGGUGCAGUCUGUGAACAUGUCGCAUGAUGCAGCACAUGCUCAGAUGGAUGUGAAACUUCGUUCUCUCAUCUGCAUUGGACUGAAUGAACAGGUGCUGCACCUGUGGCUUGAGGUACUGUGCUCUAGCCUACAGACCGUGGAGAAAUGGUUCCAUCCCUGGUCUUUCUUGCGCAGUCCUGGUUGGGUGCAGAUCAAGUGUGAACUUAGAGUCCUCAGCAAAUUUGCCUUCAGCCUUUCUCAAGAUUGGGAGCUCCCUGUAAAAAGAGAGGAGAAGGAGAAGAAGCCACUGAAAGAAGGAGUUCAAGACAUGCUUGUGAAGCACCACCUCUUUAGUUGGGACAUAGAUGGUUGACUCAUCACUUAGCCAUUGUUUUGACUUUUUAGAUGGCAUCCAACAAUUGGCAUAUAUGCCUCUUUUUCCCCUCCCUCCCAGCCAACCUGUUGCCCCUUCAUGCAUUGUACACCUUGGCAAAUCAUCCCCUCUCCAGUCAUCUUUUGCUAGUUGAAGGUUUAUUAUAAUCUGAUUGUAGGUUGCUCUUGCAAAUUGGCAGGAGCACACUGAAGAAAACAGGGGUAGUACUCCAGUGUUCGAAAUCUGGCUGUCCAGCUUUCCUUAUUUGUGGUGUCACUAACUCAAUUGUGCAGAGCAUGCAUGCACAUACUCUACCCAAGUCAUGAGUAUGGCAUGGGCCUAGUAUGUGAAGAAAGUCAUCACUUAUAGCUGAAGCCUAAGGAUCCCCACAAAAGGAAAGAAAAAGUAGUAAAAUUGGCUAUAAAUCUGUUAUAACAGGCAAGAGAAGCAUAACAAGAGCUCAGGGAUGCCCUGCAUAGAACCAGUCUGUAGUUCUUACACAUUGUUCAGAAGAUGAGUUUCAUGGCUGUCAAGCAACUCUGAACUGCUUACUUGGCCUGUAAUAGUAAAUUUAUUUCCCUACAUGGAGAUGAUAUGUGAAGCAACCUCUUAAGUAAGAGAAAAAGAGACUGUGAUUGUUUUUUUCCAGGUGCUGCAGUGUAUGAAUGGCUCUGGUACUGCCACAAAGUGCCUAAAAUGAUGGGCUUCUAACUGCCUUGGAUGUAGUGAAAGAUGGUGGUCACAGUGGCCUCUCCAUUAAUUCUGGAAUAGGUAGCUGAACAGAAUCUGUCAUUUUAGCCCAGAGCAGAUUUCAUUUUUUGAAUUGGUGACCAAAAUAUAUAAAUUGUAUCCAGAAAUUUCUGUCUAUGUUGACAUACCUUGGAACAGGAAAUGGAUUCAGGGCUGAGCUGGCUCAGGGAGAUAAUUAUGGCCUCCGUCUUAUCUGAGGAGGAUAGCAGAGCCUGCAGGAUAGGAGCACAUGGUGCUGCAUGGGGGCAGCACAAACUGAGUGCAGGUGAUAACGGAAGCACUGGUCAGGGAGCACAAUCAAAUCAUGAAGCAAAUGAGAUUCUGUGUCGCUUUUGUUUAUAAAUAAACUGCACAUCUUCUGACUAAGACAGAUGGGGAAGUGGGACUGAUCUUUCCUAUGCCUUUAGCCUUAUUUCUGUUCACCUGAACUAUGGCAGUAUUCAUGUUUGGGAAGGAAACAACAACAAACAUUUCUGUGCAGAUAGCUCUAGGAACGUCAUAAUACGUAAAUGAUAGAUUCGCCUUGUAGAUGUUGUAUUAUUAGAAUUGUACGAGUACCAUUACAGCCUUCUAAAAUAUUCUGCCCAGGAGGUAUGGGUAAGAGCAUAUUAGAAAGGGAAUAGGAAAAGCAGUCCAUUUCCUAUAACCAGCGUGGGUGGAGAUUUGCAGAACACCCAGUACAAGAACAGAUGUAGCUAUGCCCAAUGCUGGCAGCAUAAAUUAACUCCUCACCUAAAUUCAGACAGUGUGAAGUGGCUCUUCAUUGUUCUGUUGAAUGCCUUUGCUUUUCACCAUGGCACACAUAAGACAUCUAAAAUGCCAUGACCAAAGACGAGAUGUACAAAGAUGCUAGAACACAAUUUUUUUUAAUAAAAUGGAUUUUUCAAAUAUC